AUGUAGCAAGCAAUUGGAUUAUACUCCAAGAGACUUGGAUUACACUCAUGUCUUUCUUCUUCAUAGAUUUAAGACCCAUGAACAGGUCAGUAACACACGUCAUGACAGAGUUUAUUCUCCUGGGAUUCCCUGGUUGCUGGAAGAUUCAGAUUUUCCUCUUCUCAUUGUUUUUGGUGAUUUAUCUCUUGACCUUGCUGGGAAAUGGAGCCAUCAUCUAUGCAGUGAGAUGCAACCCACAACUACACACCCCCAUGUACUUUUUGCUGGGAAACUUUGCCUUCCUUGAGAUCUGGUAUGUGUCCUCCACUGUUCCUAACAUGCUAGCCAACAUUCUCUCCAAGACCAAGGCCAUCUCAUUUUCUGGGUGCUUCCUCCAGUUCUAUUUCUUCUUUUCACUGGGAACAUCUGAAUGUCUCUUUCUGGCAGUAAUGGCUUAUGAUCGAUACCUGGCCAUCUGCCACCCACUGCAGUACCCCGCCAUCAUGACCGGAAGGUUCUGUGGUAAGCUGGUGUCUUUCUGUUGGCUCAUUGGAUUCCUUGGAUACCCAAUUCCCAUUUUCUUCAUCUCCCAACUCCCCUUCUGUGGUCCUAAUAUCAUUGAUCACUUCCUGUGUGACAUGGACCCAUUGAUGGCUCUAUCCUGUGCUCCAGCUCCCAUAACUGAAUGUAUUUUCUAUACUCAGAGCUCCCUUGUUCUGUUUUUCACUAGUAUAUACAUUCUUCGAUCCUAUAUCCUGUUGCUAAGAGCUGUUUUUCAGGUCCCUUCUGCAGCUGGUCGGAGAAAAGCCUUCUCUACCUGUGGUUCUCAUUUGGUUGUCGUAUCUCUUUUCUAUGGGACAGUCAUGGUAAUGUAUGUAAGUCCUACAUAUGGCAUCCAAACUUUAUGGCAGAAGAUCCUCACACUGGUAUAUUCAGUAAUGACUCCUCUUUUUAAUCCUCUGAUCUAUAGUCUUCGUAAUAAGGACAUGAAACUCGCUCUGAGAAAUGUCCUGUUUAGAAUGAGAGUUCAUCAAAAUUCGUGAGCCAAAGAUGUGCCAUAUUUAUAAGUUCUAAUGAAGAACAAGGUUGAG